UCAGACUCCAGCACAGCCUUUCGCAGGAGGGCGGGGGCAGCCCCGGGGCGGCCUCGGCCGGGCGCAGAAGAUCCCGCUGUGCGCAGGAAGUGCGAUCCCGCACGGGCCGCUCGCCGUCCCCGGGGUUUGCCGGAACCCGCAGGGUUAACAAGGACUAGAGAGUUCCAAGCGCACGGGAGGGGCCGUCCGUCUUAUAGGGUCUUCGCAUCGCGCGCCGCCGGCGAGUCUGCGCCAGCUGCCCGAAGCCCCGCCGGAGAACCGGGAGCACCAGGGUUAAUCCCUCGGGCUCAAGAGGGGGGGAAAGGCUCCGAACCCCGAGAUCGGAGGACAGCAGGGUCCCAGACGGAAGCGAGAGUGCCAGACGUCCGAUGCCGUUCCCCUCGGGCUGCAUGAGCGCCGGCCGGGCCUCUGCCGCAGACAUGGAGAAACUCAGGCUGCACAGCCCCUGGGUGCCCUCGUGCCUCGGGCAGCCCCGAGUCCUGCAGGGCCGCCUGGCCAGGUCCUUACCCUCGCUCUGGGACAGCGCCCUGCAGGAACAGAAGGGCGAGCUGCGCAAGCAGCUGUCCUACACCACACACAAGCUGGAGAAGCUGGAAACGGAGUUUGACUCCACACGUCACUUCCUGGAGAUUGAGCUGAGGCGCGCGCAGGAGGAGCUGGACAAGGUCACGGAGAAACUGCGCAGGAUUCAGAGCAACUACAUGGCGCUGCAGAGGAUCAACCAGGAGCUGGAAGACAAGCUGUACCGGAUGGGCCAGCACUAUGAGGAAGAGAAACGCGCGAUGAGCCAUGAGAUUGUCGCCCUCAACAGCCACCUGAUGGAGGCCAAGGUGACCAUUGACAAGCUGUCGGAGGACAACGAGCUCUAUAGGAAGGACUGCAAUCUAGCCGCCCAGCUGCUGCAGUGCAGCCAGACCUACGGCAGGGUCCAUAAGGUGUCCGAGCUGCCCUCGGACUUCCAGCAGCGCAUGAGCCUGCACAUGGAGAAGCACGGCCGCAGCCUGCCUUCCCAACGCUGCCGUCCAUCCUACGCCGACAGCGUGCCCACCUGCGUCAUCGCCAAGGUGCUGGAGAAGCCCGAGCCUGGCAGCCUGUCCUCCUCGCGCAUGUCGGAUGCCUCGGCCUGUGACCUGCCCUUCUGCGACAGAGUGGAGAAGUCGGGCGCACGGGCCGCGUACAAGGAAGAUCUCUACUGCAGCGACAGCACGCUCUACUGCCCGGAAGAGCGCCAGCGUGACCGGCGGCCCAGCGUGGACACCCCGGUGUCCGACGUGGGCUUCCUGCAGGUGCAGAAUUCCACCGACAGCGCGGCGGAGGACGAGGAGGCCGAGGCGUCGGCCUUCCCGGAGGCCUACCGCCAUGAGGCCUACCCGGGCUACGCGGCCUCGCUGCCCACGUCCAGCUCCUACUCCAGCUUCAGCGCCACAUCCGAGGAGAAGGAGCACGCGCAGGCCGGCACGCUGGCCGCCCCGCAGCAGGCGGUCUACCUGAAUAGCCGCGGCGAGGAGCUCUUCGGCCGCAGGCUGCCCCCUGGCGCCUAUGGGAGCAGCUCUCGCUUCAACAAGGCCGCGGCCACCCUGGCCUCCCCGCUGGAGGCCCAGGUCGCCCCAGGCUUCGCUCGGACUGUGUCUCCAUACCCGGCCGAGUCGUACCGCUUCCCGACCUCCCCAGAUCCGGAGCAGGCGCUGAUGCCCCCAAACCUGUGGAAUCUGAGGGCCAAGCCAAGCGGUAGCCGCCUCGCCGGGGAGGACAUUCGAGGCCAGUGGCGGCCCCUGAGGGUGGAGGAUGUGGGCGCCUACCCGUACCAGGCGGGCAACGCAGGCCGCGCCUCGCCCUGCAACUUCGCAGACCGUUUCUAUGGCGCCGCCGGUGGCGGCGGUGGCGGUGGCAGUGGCAGUGGCAGUGGCAGUGGCAGUGGCAGUGGCGGCGGCAGCAGCCCCGGUACUGCCGAGGGCCGCGCCAGCCCCCUCUACGCCAGCUACAAGGCCGAUAGUUUCUCGGAGGGCGAUGACCUCUCCCAGGGUCAUCUGGCCGAGCCCUGCUUCCUUCGAAGCAGUGAUCUGAGCCUCAGCCCUAGCCGCUCGGCUGACGCUCUCCCUGGCUACGAAGCCAGUGAUGGGGAGGGGGAGAGGCUUGGGAUGCAGCUGCGCAGGGCUGGCAGCAGCCCUGAGGCCGAGCACGGCUCCAGGGAUUCCCUGGAGCCCAGCUCCAUGGAGGCUUCUCCUGAGAUGCGCCGCCUCAGCCCCCAGCAGGCCUUCCCGAGGACUGGAGGCCCCAGGCUGAGCCGCAAGGAUAGCCUCACUAAGGCCCAGCUCUACGGAACCUUGCUCAACUGACUGCCCUCAGCAGGCAGCAGGCAGCAGGCAGGGGCCCCCAUCCAUCUUGCCCCACGUAGGGAGUAGCCAACUCCCACGUCCAAGCCCCUGCCAAGGAAUUCUGGUUCCAGUUCCUGCCGACCCCGUAAUACCACCCCAGUGAGACCUUAAAGUAAACACCCCAGUGAGACCUUAAAGUAAGCCCCUCUGCUUUCGUCUUGUCCACCCCAGCUUCUGCUGCAAACCCCGCCCAGAACAGUGAUAAGCUGCGCCCUCCCCUGAAGUGAGCAUCCCCGUUUUCUAAGUGAAACGAUGUUUUGUAGGGAAAAGGGUGUUUCUUCACGCGCUUGCUUGCCGUCAGCUUCUGGAUGGCAGCCAUGGGAGUCCCCACAGGAAGCUCCUUCAUUUCCAGUGAGGGUUGGGGGGCCUGCCCCUGGGGAAAGGAAGGCUGGGGGCCCUAGAGGGACCAGUCUCCACAAGUGGGGAGAAACCAGCAAGGGAACCCUGAAGUUCUGUCCAUGGAGGAGGGGAACCAAAGCCACUUUAGGGCGCAGAAAAUGUCUUUUCGCACCCCGUCUAUAGUGCAGCCAGCACCCUGCCCUGAUCUACCCCGUCUAUAGUGCAGCCAGUACACCGUAGUGAUCUACCCCGUCUAUAGUGCAGCCAGCACCCUGCCCCGAUCAACACCGUCUAUAGUGCAGCGAGAACCCUGCCCCGAUCAACACCGUCUAUAGUGCAGCCAGUACACCGCCGUGAUCUACCCCGUCUAUAGUGCAGCCAGAACCCUGCCCCGAUCCACCCCGUCUAUAGUGCAGUGAGAACCCUGCCCCGAUCAACACCGUCUAUAGUGCAGCGAGAACCCUGCCCCAUCUACCCCGUCUAUAGUGCAGUGAGAACCCUGCCCCGAUCAACACCGUCUAUAGUGCAGCGAGAACCCUGCCCCAUCUACCCCGUCUAUAGUGCAGUGAGAACCCUGCCCCGAUCAACACCGUCUAUAGUGCAGCGAGAACCCUGCCCCAUCUACCCCGUCUAUAGUGCAGUGAGAACCCUGCCCCGAUCAACACCGUCUAUAGUGCAGCGAGAACCCUGCCCCGAUCAACACCGUCUAUAGUGCAGCGAGAACCCUGCCCCGAUCAACACCGUCUAUAGUGCAGCGAGAACCCUGCCCCAUCUACCCCAUCUAUAGUGCAGCGAGAACCCUGCCCUGAUCAACACCGUCUAUAGUGCAGCGAGAACCCUGCCCUGAUCAACACCGUCUAUAGUGCAGCGAGAACCCUGCCCCGAUCUACCCCGUCUAUAGUGCAGUGAGAACCCUGCCCCGAUCUACCCCGUCUAUAGUGCAGCGAGAACCCUGCCCUGAUCAACACCGUCUAUAGUGCAGUGAGAACCCUGCCCCGAUCAACACCGUCUAUAGUGCAGCCAGUACACCGCCGUGAUCUACCCCGUCUAUAGUGCAGCGAGAACCCUGCCCUGAUCUACCCCGUCUAUAGUGCACCCAGCACCCUGCCCUGAUCUACCCCGUCUUACAGUGAGUGCACCCAACACCCUGCCCUGAUCUACCCCGUCUUACAGUGAGUGCACCCAGCACACCGCCGUGAUCUACCCCGUCUUACAGUGCACCCAGCACCCUGCCCUGAUCUACCCUGUCUAUAGUGCAGCGAGAACCCUGCCCCGAUCAACACCGUCUAUAGUGCAGCCAGUACACCGCCGUGAUCCACCCCGUCUUACAGUGAGUGCACCCAGCACCCUGCCCUGAUCUACCCCGUCUUACAGUGAGUGCACCCAGCACCCUGCCCUGAUCUACCCCGUCUUACAGUGAGUGCACCCAGCACCCUGCCCUGAUUUACCCUGAGCUCUUCCCAUGGCCCGGCCUGUGGGCCCGAGAGGGGCCAGAUAUACCCCCAGAACAGCCGGUGCUGAUUUCUCCCCUCCCCCUCCCAACACCACCUGACUCCACCUCAGAUAUGAGGCUCCCCCAACCCUUGUGCACCUGUUGUCUGUGAUGCAUGCUGUCCUUAGUACUGUAUUCCAAAAAUCACUAAUAAAGGACACCAGUGGAGAAAGAA